GGCAUCCAUAAUUUAAAAGUUGUUCAGGACUCGAUCGACUCUGGUCUCAAAUUAAGGUUAUCUUACGGAAGAGAAGAAAUGAUUCGCCAUAGAAAUCUGGUUGCUCUUUCACGGAGUGUUUUGUGUUUGCUGUUUUACGGAGAGGUUUCAGCGUUCACCGGAUGCCAAAAAUCAAUUCUAACAGUGAGGCAUGUGGCCAGUUGUCCUACAGACGCAAAGUCGUGGGGAGAGGCAGCGAAAAAAUUGAAUUGUGACUCAGUAACACAAAACUGUGCAUUGUCCUUGGGAUUAAACACCCAAAAACACCGAUUCCAAUAUCAUUGUCUCGUGAAUUCACAUAGAAAUGCAACCGUGGAAGUGUGCGCACUGAAUCGCUUGAUUCUUGGAUUCUGUGCAGAAUUUGAUAUAACCGCGGCAGUGGUACAAGAAAACUAUAAUGCAGACUGCAAAACACACAACCCACCAUGCCCGAAAUUUUACGACUCAGCGGAAGCUUACAAAUACCAAUCCUGUUAUGAAUUAGUACGUGCACAAGGAAAACCCCGAACUCAAAAGCUUGCUAGAGAUCCUGCUCCUAAAAGUUACCGGCUUCGGUCUUCCUCGAAUAGCUUGAUUGGGAGUUCACUGAUGCUGACACUUUCAACAGUCAUCCUCUUCCUAUUUUAAAAGACCUACAAACAAUAUUGCUAACUUGUCUUGAUGUAAAUUGAUAAAAACUACUAUUAUUGAAUUAAUAUUAUAUGAUAUACAAUGUAUUAUAAAUCUAUGAUAAUGAAAAAA